CGGAAUACUCCUGCGUACUUUUGGACUCGACUGAUUUCACGAGCGCACUAUGUCGUUCGAACCGGCCACACGCCCUCGGCAUUAUGCUUGCCACGCUGAUCACGAAAAUCAUGAUAGUGACUCAUGCACCGGCCAUUCUUCUGUCACCUGCUUUUCAUUCCGAUUAAUAGCGAGGGGUACCGUAACGACGCGAUAAAUUCAGCUUUUUUCGAUAAAUCAUGCUGUCUCAGAUGAAGACAAACUCCACUGGAAAGCUGGAAGGGAAACGACCGAAAGAGUUAAUGUCAUCUUCUAGUCUUUCCGGUAUGUCACAAUUAUCGAAUAGCAGCGAGGAGGCCUUGGAACCGCUUGUACAUAAGCCGCACAAAUCGGAAACGAUAGAAAGCACAACGAAGGACGCAAGUCCACAACACAACGAAUGGCUACUAAGUGGACCAAGUGGGAAUAAAUCUAUUUUACGUUUCAAAUGCUCCGCAUUAGCAACGCCUCCGGAAGAACCACCCGCGAAAAAAUUGCAUAUGACUUACAAAAUUUUUCAAAUGGAUACUAAACUUAUUAAUCUCUUGCUGCAAUCACACGGUUUAACAGAGGUUCCAAUGAACGAGGUGGAUUUCAACAUCUUAUGGAUAGGGAACCAUCCAAAGCCAGACAUUCUACGGAACUUAAUGCCUCACCAAAAAGUGAACCAUUUUCCAAGAUCAUACGAAAUAACCCGUAAGGAUCGAUUAUACAAGAAUAUAGAGGCAAUGCAGAGGAGCAAGGGUCUACGAAAUCUGGAUUUUAUACCGCAAACGUUUCUGCUACCUAGCGAAUCCAGGGAAUUACUCACCGCUCAUUUCAGGUAUCGCGGGCCCUGGAUUGUCAAACCCAAAGCCAGUUCCCGCGGACGUGGCAUUUAUAUUGUUAACAGUCCUGAAAAAAUUCUUACGGACGAAUCUGUGAUCGUUGCACAAUACAUAAACAAUCCGCUUCUGGUCGAUGGGCACAAAUGUGACUUACGGCUGUACGUAGCUGUCACGAACUAUGAUCCGCUGUUGAUCUACCUGUACGAAGAGGGCUUAGUGAGAUUCGCCACGGUGAAAUAUGAUGGCGGCAACCAAUAUAUAUGGAACCCCUGUAUGCAUUUAUGCAAUUAUAGCAUCAAUAAAUUUCACGUGGAUUACAUAAAGAGUGAAGAUCCGGAUGCGGAGGAUGUAGGACAUAAAUGGACCUUAUCAGCAUUAUUAAGGCAUCUACGUUCGAUGGGUCAGGACACAGAAUUACUUAUGCAACGCAUAGAGGAUAUUAUAAUAAAAUCGAUUCUUGCGACUGCUUCUGGGAUCGUUAGUGGAAUUAAACAAUUUGUGAAACAUCCAGAAGCUUGUUUUGAAUUAUUUGGAUUUGAUAUUUUAAUCGACGAUACCUUGAAACCAUGGUUAUUAGAAGUCAAUUUAACUCCAUCUUUGGGCUGCGACUCACCGCUCGAUGUUAGAUUAAAAUCAGCAUUAAUUGCCGAUUUACUUACUCUAGUUGGUAUACCUGCGAUUGAUCCGAUGUUACGACCUCAAAGUACGCACGUGAAUCGAUCCACAGUGACUUCUACUAAAAGAAUAGUUAACUGUAGAAGAGUACACUCGGCUGAGACAUUAUCCCAAAGAAAGAAGAAUACAAGUAAAAGUAAUAUUAAUAAAUCAGGAUUAACAACCGAACAACAACGAAUAGUAGCAUCUGCAAAAGCCCAAUUCGAACGACGUGGUGGAUUUGUCCGUAUAUUUCCAAGUCCAAAAUCGUGGGAAAUGUACUCCCAAUAUUUAGAUUCAACCACGGGAAUUCCAAUAGUUUCAGAUCCCUUAGGACCAGGCAAAGUUCCACAUCAAAUUAAUACAAAUCAUAAUUUAAUGUUACAUGAGCAAUUAUUUCCCGCAGCGAGUCGUGCUACAGACUUUAUUAUUCCUGAAGUUACCUUGGACAGAUUGUCUAGAUAUGAAAGAUAUGAGAGAGCUUUAGUAAAAGGGCAUAAACAAAGCUUAGAUCGCGGCCACAGCAAAGAGAAUAUGGAUACGGAUAAACAUAAAUAUAAAAGUCAGGUGGUACAGUCUAUGCAUGAAGGAAAUAAACUUAGUCCUGGAGAAGCUAGAAAGGCCUUUGGUAUAUAUUUAGGACAUAUAUUACAUAAAAUAUCACAACCUAAUGCGGAUCCAGAAUGCUGCGACCUUGUGAUGAAAUUUCUUCAGCAGUCAGCUAGUAAUUUAAGGACACCAUUCUUUUUUACGUUACCAAGUAGUAAAUUGAGCGAUAAAGAUCGUGCUGCUGUUACGGCUAAGCAGCUCUCAGACUUUUUACAUUUAUACAAUCGGGAAACAGAUCUUUACGCGGAUACAGUUGACCGCCCACGCACUGUUCCGAAUCGUCUGUUCCAAAAAUUCUUAGCCGCAGCAAGCGAGCAAGAUCUCGACGAUAUAUUAAUUCUACAAACGAGGUUAUAUAAAUGCGCUCACAGUUUUUUGGGAAGGAGCGGUUUCGCAGGAAGCUUACCUGGUCCUAAUUUAUUGGGUUCUUUACCCCAUAUUACAUCUCGCGUAUAUUCUAAUGCCGUAACCAGCGAACAAUGCAAAUGUAAUCAAUCAUCAAUCACUAGGCCUACAAAAGCUGCACGUACCUAGUUGUACAAUGUGUGAAUAUUUGUUAUAGAUAUGUUUGCUCGUUAAAAGUACUAUGUACGGCUGCUCUAGGACUUCCCAGUACAAGUGGACAAUC